AUGUUUCAUAGAGAGCUGAGCUUUCUCACCUUAAUGGUGCUACUAUGCCAGCAUGGUGUCAAAGCAGUAGACCUCAUUACCUGUGAGGGACAAACUGCCAGUCUCACCUGUGGUGCACCAUCAACAAAUCUGGUCACCUGUGAAUCAGGAACUGCCCGUCUCAGCUGUGCACGAGGAACCAUUAAGGUGGUUUCUGCCAAUUAUGGGCGUACGGAUGCAGCAACCUGCUCUACUGGAAGACCAGCUGACCAACUCUCAAAUGUUCAGUGCAGACAGAGCACAUCCCUAAGUGCGCUGACCACUCAAUGUGAUGGAAAACCAGAUUGCUCCAUUGCUGUGAACAACGCAGUUUUUGGUGAUCCAUGUGUAGGAACUUACAAAUACCUGAUUGUGUCUUACAAGUGCAUCUUACCAACGACACCCCCACCACCAAGUGCACCAUCAACAAAUCUGUUUACCUGCGAAUCAGAGACUGCCCCUCUCAGCUGUGUGAAGGGAACCAUUAAGGUGCUUUCUGCCAAUUAUGGGCGAACAGACCAAAAAACCUGCUCUACUGGAAAACCAGCUAACCAACUCACAAAUGUUCAGUGCACACAGAGCACAUCCCUAAGUGUGCUGUCCACUCAAUGUGAUGGAAAACCAGAUUGCUCCAUUGCUGUGAACAACGCCGUUUUUGGUGAUCCGUGUGUAGGAACUUACAAAUACCUGAACGUGUCCUACACCUGUGUCCCAAAAUCCAUAAUAAUCUGUCAAGAUAAAAGCAGAACCAUCACCUGUGAUGGGCGUCGCCGAAUUUACAUUCACUUUGCUAAUUUUGGGAGGAGAGAUAUGGUGACCUGCCCUAACACUGAUCUUACAACCAUGUCCUCCAUAUGUAUCUCCUCUGAGACAAAGACCCUGCAACUCCGAUGUGAUGGAAAGAAAAGUUGUCAACUAUAUGCUUCAAAUUCUAAUUUCAUUGAUCGAUGCCCUCGCAUCCAUAAAUAUUUGGAGGUGUCUUACAGUUGUGAAUAACCAUGAUAAACCCGACACAUCCACAUGUCUAUAGAGCUGGAGGGAAAUCUUCGGUUUCACCUGUUUUCUGAGAUUGAUGAAUUACACAAGUGAUUUUUUU